AUGUCGAAAUUAUGGACAGAUGUCACUGUCAAUGGAAGCCAAGAUGACCAACGAUUACAUGUCCCACAAACUGGCCAAUCGCCAGGGAAUGGCUCAGAUCAAGGAGACCCAGAGUCUCCAGAGUCGUUAGCAUCGCGAGCGCGGUCCGUCUGGUCUAAGGAGCCGCACUCCGCCAAGAGCUCUCUGGGAGGCAGUAUUUCAGCCAGGCACCCAAGUACAGCAUCUACUCAGCGGUCAAGGGCGCUUAACUACGAGAUCCAACACUUAAUGGAGGAUUGCACGUGGGCCUCAAACUCUGGCAGGUUUCUCCCUGAAGACAAGAUCGAUAUGGCCAUCAACCAUGAGAGUGUCCAACGUGAGCUCGACAUCGGCGAGGACAACGAACAAAUACUCUCGAACAUUUUCCCGCACAGACGAAAGCUCUUGGCUAUCCUCUCCAUGAUGAGAAAGAGCCAGGCAAUUUUCAAGCUCAUUGACGAAUGUAUUAUGGAUGAGCACCUCCCAUUCCAACAAGAAAGAACUCCGGCGCGCAGUCUAUCAUAUCACCCAUUAGACCAGGACAGAUGCCCGGCUGUGGAAACUAGGGCAAUCAAGAGCUUCGAGGACUGGGAAAGUUGGGAACAGGAUUCCUUCUUCCGAUACCAGUGGCAAUUAGUGGUCCCUCACUUUGUCUUAGGCUGCGACAUCUCGCCCGAGUUUGAGCACUUGAGACUCCAGCACACUUCAACCAUCCUCCCAUUUUUGCAAUUGAAUCUCGAAUUUCAUGGUGGCUUCUCUAUUGUUCGUAAGGUCGGCAUCCAUUCCGCACAUCGAAGAUGUGGUCAUGGAAAGGUUUCUUCUCCUCAGGGUGGGUGCGAAAAGGCCUUCUACGCAGUCAAGGUUAUUCAGAAGAAAUACGACUCGACGAGUGAAGCCGCAGUCAACAACGAAGUCAACAACCUAAAGCGCUUCUUUGACACAGACCACGGGGAGCGCUUGAUUAGACUCCUGUUUACAUUCGAGUUCGGCAACCAGUUUCACAUGAUCUUUCCGUGGGCUGACGCGAAUCUUGGCCAGUUCUGGAAGCACAAGUUUCCCGACGCCGACAUCCCCAAGCGCGGACGUGAACUGGCAGGUUGGGUAUCCCGCGAGAUGCUAGGCAUUGCCGAGGGGUUGCAUAUGAUACACGAAACCAGCGACAAGAGUCCCUCUGACAAAGACUUCGGACGGCACGGUGAUAUCAAACCCGAGAAUAUCCUUUGGUUCUUUGACGGAACUCACCAUGGAAACCCUGACCACCCAACAGGUGUUCUCAAGAUCUCCGACUUUGGCCUCACCGACUUCCACAGCAACCUGUCGAAAUCCCUUGUCAGAGCCAGCAAGACUGGAAGAAGUGACACUUACCGGGCACCGGAAUGUGAAUUUGGUAAAUUCAUCUCGCCGUCAUACGACCUCUGGUCUCUGGGUUGCGUUCUACUGCAGUUCAUUACGUGGUAUGUUGAAGGUUGGCACGGGGUCGACAAAUUUUCCGAACGGCGGCGCAUGGAAGACUCUCCAAAGCAUCUGCUAGGGGGUAAUUUUCUCUCAGAGGACACAUUCUUCAACUUUAGAGGAGCGGUCUCGGAGAACCCUGUCGUUGUGAACAAGGCUGUCACAGAGGUUUGUAAAGCCCCCCAAUCCCUUUCACCAAAGCCCUCCUGCCCAUUGUAG